UUCCUCUGUGUUUGUGGGCUGUCUCACACUCACCUGUUUAACACUUGGACUUCCACUGUCAAUUCAUUUUGAGCAGACACUCAGGGAGGGAGACGGGGAGCAGAUCUCUCAGCCUCAGGGGAACUUAAAAAAGGGAACUGUAUCCUUCCAGUCACCAUGGACACUUUUUUCCGCCGGCAUUUUAAGAGGAAAGAGACCGGAGAAGCUGCGAACGAUGGGCACUUAACUGAAGCCUGUCGGCACAGGAGGCCGAGCAUUGCUGUGCCAACUAGCCGCGCCCGUCGGCGCUCCAGCAUAGGCCUUCCAUCCACUGCGUUGGCCCAACGACGACGCUCAAGUGUCCAUCUACAGUCAUUACCCCGAAUCACUGGCAGUCAAUCAGCACAGAAAAGUAGCGGUAGACGCCGAUCUAGCACAACCACCCCAAAGGCCAAUCCUCGCUUUGCCGUUCGCCGCAAGAAGGUAGGCAAGCUCCGCAAUAUCGAUACACACCUGCUGGGCCCAUCCAUGCUGCUGGCCAGCUUGAUCCAGAUGACGGAGGAAGAAGAAGAGGAGGAAGAGGAAGGCCGUAGCCCACUGCCAGGGCAGGUGGAACUCAAGGGAAGCAGUCCAAAGUUCAGGAGUCAAACGGAUAUGCUUUUCUCAGAGGGGGACAGCGAUAGCGAGGACUCCAGAAGCGACUCGGAUGAAAGUCAGCACUCAGAGCGUUGCAAGGAGCGACUGGAGGAGGCCGAUGUCGUGGACUGGGAAAUGAAAGAGUCCACUGACUUGUGUCAGCAGGACUGCCUUCCUCUGGCUGUGAUGGCAGAGCGAGUCCAGGCCCACCCGCUGAUCCGAGUUCCACGCUGCCUUCGGAGGAACUCGUCGCAUUAUGGGCAUGCAGAGCCGGGCCAGCGUGUCCGCUUCUGCCGUAGCAGCCAGAGGAGGCGUCGUAGACGAGUUUCGACCAUCUCUAAAGCGGGAAGCCCCUGGCCAGGGAGAGGCCUGCCACUUCCUAACCGAAGAAGCUCCACGUGCUUCAGGGGCCAAUCAUCUUUCAGUCCUCUCUUGGGGGCCUAUUAUGAUCCCAGCCUGGAGACUUGGAGUGGAUUCCUGUCGAAAGCCAUCGCCAAGGCUGGUCUGCCAAAUAAUGCUGCCCAGUCCAGUGCCACAAUACCCGGCAAAAGUGAACCAAGCAAAGAGAUCUGCAGCACUGUCGAUUGGACUGAAAAUGCCCAGUUUGGUCAACACGUGUGGUUUGAGACCAGUCCAUCUGGAGACUUCUGUUACGUUGGAGAGACGUAUUGCUUUGCAAAGUCCCUGCAAAAGUCUCUUCCUCGUCACAAAUGUGCAUCCUGCAAAAUAUCUGUUCACACUAUAUGUAUGGAUCAACUGGAGAAGAUUAACUUCAGGUGUAAACCAUCAUUUAAGGAUCCAGGAAUGAGAAACGUCAGAGAGACCCCAAACAUGAGACAUCACUGGGUCCACAGGAGACGGCAAGAUGGAAAAUGCCGGCUAUGUGGAAAGGGUUUCCAGCAGAAGUUCUCUUUCCACAGUAAAGAUAUUGUGGCCAUCAGCUGCUCCUGGUGCAAACAGGCAUAUCACAACAAGGUGACCUGCUUCAUGCUGCAGAAAAUUGAUGAAACCUGUUCUCUUGGAGCUCACGCGGCUGUGAUAAUUCCUCCUACCUGGAUCAUCAGAGUCCGCAGACAGCAGGGAUCAUUAAAGAACAGUAAAAGAAAGAAGAAAACGUCUUUUAAAGCCAAGCCCAGCAAGAAAGUCGGGGAGGACGGCAAAUGGAAACACUUCGUUGUGAGACCGAUUCCGUCCCAGCUCAUGAAGCCAUUGCUGGUGUUUGUCAAUCCAAAGAGUGGUGGAAACCAGGGAACGAAAAUCAUCCGGUCUUUCAUGUGGUACCUGAACCCUCGGCAAGUGUUUGAUCUCACUCAGGGAGGCCCGAGAGAUGGGUUAGAAAUGUACAGCAAAGUGCCCAACCUGCGGAUCCUGGUUUGUGGAGGAGAUGGAACGGUUGGCUGGAUUCUUUCGGUGCUGGAUGAGCUCCAGUUAAACCCUCAGCCUGCUGUGGCCGUACUGCCGCUCGGCACAGGAAAUGACCUGGCGAGAACUCUCAACUGGGGCGGGGGCUACACAGAUGAGCCGGUGAAUAAGAUCCUGUCACAUGUAGAAGAUGGCAACAUUGUCCAACUGGACCGAUGGAACCUGAGCGUGGAGCCCAACCAAGAGGCCAGUGAAGAGGAGAGGGAUGAGCACCAGACAGACAAGCUUCCCAUUGACAUCUUUAACAAUUACUUCAGCCUUGGAUUUGACGCACACGUGACUUUGGAGUUUCACGAAUCCAGAGAGGCCAAACCUGAAAAAUUCAACAGCCGCCUUCGCAAUAAGAUGUUUUAUGCAGGGACAGCUUUUUCAGACUUCCUCAUGGGAAGCUCCAAAGAUCUGUCCAAACACAUCAAGGUCGUGUGUGAUGGUACUGAUCUGACCAGUAAAGUCCAAGAUAUGAAACUUCAGUGCCUCCUUUUCCUCAACAUUCCCAGAUAUUGUGCUGGUACGAUGCCGUGGGGGAACCCGAGUGAACACAAUGACUUUGGCCCACAGAAACAUGACGAUGGGCUCAUCGAGGUCAUCGGAUUCACUAUGACCUCCCUGGCAACCCUGCAGGUUGGAGGACAUGGUGAGAGGCUUCAUCAGUGUCAGGAGGUGAUUUUGACAACGUUUAAGCCUAUACCUGUGCAGGUGGAUGGAGAACCCUGUAGACUGGCUCCAUCUGUCAUCCGCAUCACCCUCAGAAACCAGGCAAACAUGCUGCAGAAGACCAAGAGAAGAAUCUCUCUACCACAACUCAAUGAUCAGCAGCCCAUCACAGAUAUAGUUCAGAUCCAGGUGAACCGCAUCAGCAUGUGUGAUUAUGAAGCUCUGCAUUAUGACAAGGAGCAGCUCAGGGAGGCCUCAAUCCCCAUGGGGGUAAUUAUGGUUCCCGGAAACAGUGAUUUGGAGACGUGUCGGCUGCAUAUUGAGAAGCUACAUGAGGAGGGGGAGGGUGUGAAUACAGACACACUGCUGCUCAUGCCAAAGCUUUCACCAAAAUGGUGCUUCCUGGACUCUACAACUGCAGACCGUUUCUACAGAAUAGACCGCGGUCAGGAGCAUCUAAACUAUGUGACGGAGAUCUCCCAGGAUGAGCUUUUUAUCUUGGACCCAGAGCUGGUCACCAAGGAGACGGUGGGCACGUCGCCCGGAAUGCCGGGAGCGAUGGAAACCAUGGGGGGAUGUUCCAACAGCAUGGACCAGUUUGCUUUUCCUGCUUGUACUCCUGGGCCCUCUCCAUUAUGCAGGAGGGGAGCAAAAAUUAUGAAUAUGAAUCGUUCGCAUGCAGCCGAAGGAGACCAAAGAUUAGAUAACUGGAAUGACGCAGAUCAAGAAUCAAUAAACAUGCUCUUUGAGGCUGUGAAAUCUGACAACUUUGAAAAGCUGGUACAGAUGCAUGAAAGUGGAACAAAUUUGUUGGUCCAGGACCGGUUCGGCUGCACUCUCCUCCAUUACGCUGUCGAUGUCAGCAACAAAGAGAUUGUCAAAUAUAUAAUUGAUAAUGCCCCUGCCUGUAUCCUGGAUGUGACUGAGAAAUCAACAGGGGAGACGGCGUUGCAUAAGGCAGCUGUAUUGUGCCAGAGAACAAUCUGUUGUUACCUGGUGGAGGCAGGUGCAUCCCUCAUGAAGACAGACCUACAGGGUGAAACUCCAAAGAUGUAUGCGGAGAAAGCUCAAGACUUUGAACUGGCUGAGUACUUAGAAAACCGGCAGCACUACCAGAUGAUCCAGAGAGAUGACCAUGAGACCACUGUGUGACGGGCCUCCAAAACGGUCAUUCUCAACAACCA